CCGACGGUCCGGGCUCAUCCCAGCCAGCCAGCCCCUUCCACCAUUUACCAAACUUAAAAAUGGCACCCUCCACUCCUCCCCAACUCUUCUCUGCGCUGUUAAUCGCGUUUUUCGCCUCCGUUGUGGACUCCCAGUAUGAGAAAUACAGCUUCAGGAGUUUCCCCAGGAACGAGCUGAUGCCUCUAGAGUCCGCUUACAAGUACGCGCUGGACCAGUACACCGGGGAGAAGUGGAAGGAGACGGUGGAGUACAUGGAGGUGUCUCUGCGGCUCUACCGGCUGCUGCGGGACAGCGAGGCCUUCUGCAACCUGAACUGCAGCUCCGUGAGGCUGGAGGAAGAGCAGAAGUUUGCGGAGUUUCCAGAGCUGCGCGCGUUCGGUAACGUUAUGAAGAGGGCGCAGUGCCUGAAGCGCUGCAAACAGGGGCUGCCCGCUUUCAGGCAGACCAUGCCCAGCCGGGACACCAUAGAUGAGUUUGAGAGGAGGGAGCCCUACAAAUACCUGCAGUUCGCCUACUUCAAAUCUAACAACCUGGCCAAGGCAGUGUCUGCUGCCCACACCUUCCUGCUCAAACACCCAGAUGAUGAGAUGAUGCAGAGGAACAUGGCCUACUACAAGAGCCUGCCUGGAGCCGAGGAACACCUCAAAGACCUGGAGACCAAAUCCUAUGAGACAUUAUUCGUGCGUGCAGUGCGGGCGUAUAAUGGAGAAAACUUCCGUACCUCGGUGUCAGACAUGGAGCUGGCUCUGCGGGACUUCUUCAAGGUCUACGACGAGUGUCUGGCUGCAUCUGAGGGCCCCAGAGACGUCAAAGACUUUAAAGACUUCUACCCCUCCAUAGCCGAUCACUACAUAGAGGUCCUCGACAGGAAAGUGAAGUGCGAAAGUGACCUGACACCAGUCGUCGGGGGUUUUGUUGUUGAGAAGUUUGUGGCCACCAUGUACCACUAUCUGCAGUUUGCCUAUUACAAAUUGAAAGACCUGAAGAAUGCAGUACCGUGUGCAGCCAGCUACAUGCUCUUCGACCCCAGCGAUGAAGUUAUGAAGAACAACGUGGCCUAUUACAAGUUCCACAAAAGCGAGUGGGGACUAACAGAGGAGGACUUCCUACCCAGAUCAGAGGCAUUGCGGUACUACAAUAUGACCACCAUGCAGCUGCAGAUGUUGGAAUUCUCCAAACAGCAUCUGGCGAGCGACGAUGAGGGGGAGGUGGUGGAGUUUCUAGAUGAGUUCCUGGACGAGGAUGAAUACCCCACGUUGGAAAGUCCGCCGAAACACUGAAAAACAAACAACAAAACAGCACCAGCACUCCAUAGUCUCUAUUUAUUGGGUUUUGUAUGAGGCUCUGAUUGUGUUCUUAUCUGCAGAUCCACAUCCUGAAUAUUUUUUUUAUUUUCCUAUGUUAUGCUCUAAAUAUCCAGUUGCGAGGUAUGGACAUGCAGCACAGUGCCUAAUGAUUUAAAGACAAUGACGAUUAUAGAGAUAGAAAUAUUUUUACUAAACUGUUUUAUGGAUCCAUUCCUCCACUGUGAAUCCUGUAUCUUGUCUCUCAAAGAUGCUCAUUUUUACAAUGAAAUAAUAAUAAAACUUGCCAAACACCA